GGGUGAGCGACCCCCGGCCCCGGCGCACGGCCUUUGCGGGACCCCUGGGAGCUCCUGGUCCCCGGCCCGCUCUUGCACCUCUUUCGGGUCCUGCUACCAUCCUGCCCCUCGCCGCUCCCGCCCCUCCCUCUCUACCGGGUGGAGCCCCCUGAGCUGCCGGCGGACCUGCAGCACUGGAUCUCCUACAACGAGGCCAGCAGCCAGCUGCUCCGAAUGGAGAGUGGGCUCAGUGAUGUCACCAAAGACCAGUGAUUGCCACCUUCACACCCUGCCUGCCCCAGCCAUCAUCCUGGGUCUGGGGGCUGUGCAGAGAUGGCAGGCUGGGCUGCCCUCUUCCAGCUGGAGGGGCCUCUUGACCAGCCUGACCCACCCCCCUUCACCUGCAGGGCCCCCCAGUUAUUGACACCCCUCUGCUGGGCUCCAGGCUAGGCAGAGGGAGGGAGUGGCAUUAGCAGUCUGACCCAGCUCUGACCUCAAGGUGAGGAUGGAUGGGCAAAAGGGAGCCCCGCCCUGCCCCACAGUGCAGCCAUUCAUGGGCCUACGUAGGGAAGGAUGGUGCCUGGAGCAGAGGGACCCACAAGUGCCUCCUGCACUGCUGCAAGGGGCAAGGCAGGGCUAGGCCAGAGCGUCCUGGGUACACGGGGCCUGGCGUGCUUCAGGUGUAGCAGGCACUCCUGAAGGCUCAGAGGAACAUGCUAAACACAGAGGGCAGAGUAGGUAAGGAGACGCCUGCCGGGCAGGCCACGAACAGGUGGCUCUAAGGGGGUGCCUGCCAGGCAGCCCCCUCUGGCUUCUGCUGAGGUGGAUGCAGGCCUGGGGCAGAGCCUGGAUGGUCAGAGGCUGGAUCUGGAGGUGGAAGGAAGGGAGGCAUUUGCCGGCAGAGGACAGGGCACCUGGAUCCCUGUUGCAGUCGGGCUUGCCUCCUCCUCCCCAGGCAGGCUGGGCGGGAGGGUAGCCUUGUGGCCAGGAGGGACCAGACCAGGUAGCACAGGGGUUUCUGGAGAGGCAGCAGGCUUCCUGCUGGGGCGCCCUUGGAGAGAACGGAGCAGGUGUCGGACUCUGUGGGGUACCCUUGGCCACUCGCACCCCUCGGUGCCCACCAGGGCCAUGCUCUGUGACCUUGGGCUGGUCCUUGCCCUCUCUGGGCCUAUAGCACCACAGGCCUCUGCACCCCCUUAGAGCCACCUGUUCGUGGCCUGCCCGGCAGGCGUCUCCUUACCUACUCUGCCCUCUGUGUUUAUCAUGUUCCUCUUCAGCUGCUGGGCCGGCCCUGCCUUGCAAUAGCACAGCCUUUCCUGGCAGCUUCUCAGUCCUCCCUGAUGGAGACAUCAGGCUGCCAGGAUGCUGGUCAGGGCCACCCACUCCUGCCUAAUGCCUCAUGGGAAAGCUGGGGAAACUGAGGCCUGGAAUGGCCCAGAGUCACUGAGGCAAAGUUGUGGCUGCCCCAGACUGAGGCUCCACUGAUGCCCUCAGAUUCCAGGGAGAGGGUACCCUAUCUAGCCAGGUGCAGGGGUCACUGCUUGUCUGCUCAGGGCUGUGUGCCCGCCCGCCUGUGCCCCUGCACACUGGGAACUGCCUCCUUGCUGCCGCCUCCAGGAAGCCCACCUUGAGCCAGAGCCAGGAGGUGCAGCGCUGGGCCUGAUGGAACCCUCCCUACCCCCACCACUUCUGUUCUUAGAGCCAUCAUGGGAAAGCUGCAGUCUUUCUGUUGUAUUUAAAGAAAGCCCAACAUUAAAGGGUUUUCCUUGCAAGUAUGCUGGGGACGUCCUUGUUUCCAAGCCCUCACCACCACUGCCAUCCAGCCAGGGGCUGAGAUGGGACCAGGGAAGCUGGGGCCCAUUCCCAGGAUGGGUUUUCUGGCAUGGAGGGCUAUCUAGGCUGGUGGGGCUCCCAUGAAUGGAGGGAUCAGGCUGGCCGGGCAUGACUUGUCCCUAUCCCUCAGGGCAUAGGACUGAAGCCAAGAAGGUGCUGUGCAAAGUCCCCUGGGGAGCCCACCCUGCCCUGGGGAGCCCUCCCUGCCCUGGGGAGCCUUCUCUGCCCUGGGGAGCCCUCCCUGCCCUGGGGAGCCUUCUCUGUUCUGGGGAGCCCUCCCUGCCCUGGGGAGCCUUCUCUGCUCUGGGGAGCCCUCCCUGCCCUGGGGAGCCUUCUCUGCUCUGGGGAGCCCUCCCUGCCCUGGGGAGCCCUCCCUGCCCUGGGGAGCCCUCCCUGCCCUGGGGAGCCUUCUCUGCUCUGGGGAGCCUUCUCUGCUCUGGGGAGCCCUCCCUGCUCUGGGGAGCCCUCCCUGCCCUGGGGAGCCUUCUCUGCCCUGGGGAGCCCUCCCUGCCCUGGGGAGCCUUCUCUGCUCUGGGGAGCCUUCCCUGCCCUGGGGAGCCUUCUCUGCUCUGGGGAGCCCUCCCUGCCCUGGGGAGCCCUUCCUGCCCUGGUGAGGUCUUCCUCCUGGUUCCCAGCCUUUUGAGGCUUACAGCUCCAUCCACAGAUACCAGCCCCAGGUUCCCAGUCUCCCUCCUUCAGGGGUUGCCCUGGGAGGUCAUGCCCCAGACUCUGGGUCUGGGCCACCAGGCUUCCAGAGCCUUGGGCAGGGUGCAGGUAGCUGUAGGGGGCAGAGGUCCAUGGACUUUGGUGGGUGGAUGGGAAGCAGAGAGAGCACAGGGACUGUUGUGCAGUCCCUUCGAAAGAGGUGGGGGAAGUGGGACCCUCCGGGACAUAAAGGUGAGUCAGGUGGGGUGUGGCCACUUCCAUGCUCUCACCACCUUCCCAGGAGAUUCCAAAAGGCUCCAAGGGCCAGGGAAGGAUUGGGCGGCUGGAAACUGACGAAACAGGCAUUUAGUGAUGGGGCAGUGGGGCUGGAGAGGGGAAGCCACCUUUCUUAGCAAGUCUGGGGUCUGCAGCCAGGACGGUUGGCCAGAAGCCUCUGCUGUUUAUGGGGGGUGGCUCUUGGGGAGGUGGCUCUUGGGAUCUCCAUGGGUGUCUGAGCUGAGUGUUGCCAGACAAGCCUCCCAGUGGGGUCGCAGAGGAAGCUGCAGGCAUGCCGUCCAGCCAGUGGUCCUGAGCAGCUGCCUGAGCAGUGGAGCAGGGCAGGGGCUGCAGGACAGGGUGCCUGGGCCUUGGGUGGCACCAUGUGACGAUGCCACUGCUGUCCCUGGCUCAGCAGCUGUCCUUGGUCAUGGAAGGUAUGUCGGCCUGGAUGGGGAGUUGGGCUCAAUGACUGGACUAGGGAUGAGUGUAUCCAAUGUGUAUCCAAUGUGCAUGUGUGUGCCUGUGUGCAUAUGCAUGUGUGUGUGCAUAAUGUAUGUGUGUGCCUGUGUGUGUUCGUGUGUGUGCACAUGCAUGUGUGCCCCUCUGCGUUCGUGUGUGUGCAUAUGCAUGUGGGCCUAUAUGUGUUGGUGUGUGUGCGCAUAUGCAUGUGCGUGCCUGUGUGCAUAUGCAUGUGUGUGCAUAAUGUAUGUGUGUGUUCGUGUGUGUGCACAUGCAUGUGUGCGCCUCUGCGUUCAUGUGUGUGCAUAUGCAUGUGUGCCUAUAUGUGUUGGUGUGUGUGUGCAUAUGCAUGUGCGUGCCUGUGUGCAUAAUGUAUGUGUGCCUGUGUUCAUGUGUGUGCAUUCGUGUAUAUGUGCACAUAUACAUGUGCGUGCCUGUGUGUGUUCGUGUUUGUGUGCGUGUACAUGCCUGUGUGUGCACGUGUGUGUUUGUGUGUGCAUAUGCAUGUGUGCCUGUGUGUGCACAUGCCUGUGUGUGUGCAUUUGUGUAUGUGCGUGUCUGCGUUCAUGUGUGUGCACAUGUGUGUGCCUGUGGGUUUGUGUGCAUAUGCAUGUGUGCGUUUGUGUGCACAUGCCUGUGUGUGCAUUUAUGUAUGUGCGUGCCUGUGUGCGUUCAUGUAUGUGCACAUAUGCCUGUGUAUAUGUAUGCAUUUGCCUGUGUGCGUUCCUAUGUGUGCACAUAUGCCUCUGUGUGUGUGCAUUUGUUUGUGGAUAUGUAUGUGUGUGCCUGUGUGCGUUUGUGUGUGCAUAUACAUGUGUGCCUGUGUGCGUUCGUGUGUGUGCAUAUACAUGUGUGCAUUUGUGUGCAUAUGUGCGUGCCUGUGUGCAUUCGUGUGUGUGCGCAUAUGCCUGUGUGUGCCUGUGUGCAUUUGUGUGUGCAUAUGUAUGUGUGUGCCUGUGCGCAUUUGUGUGUGCAUAUAUGCGUGCCUGUGCACGUGCGUGUGUGUGUGUGCGCGCGCAUGCACAAGCAACGGGCUAGCGUCAAGGUGGUUGAAUGGGCAGCACCCUCAGGCCUCUGCGGCUUCUCUCUCCAUGCGGCAGCUGAGCACCGUGGGCUGUCAUAGGCCGGCUGGGAGGAAUGUUUGAGCCAGCAGGGCCCUCUCUUGGUCUUGUCUUUGGAGGACGGGUUGACCACAGGAUGGAGAAGGGCCUUUGCUCACUGCGGUGGCGCUGAUUCCUGCCAGCAGGACUGGCCCGGGUCAGGGAAUGGGUAGCUGGGAUUGGAAGCGAAGCAGUGCCUUGUCCUGGCAGGGAUGCUGGAGCCCUCUGCUCCUGUGGGCCUCCCACCUCGGAGAAGUUAGGGCAGCAACUGCUUCCACCCCAGCAUCCUUCCCCCAGGGCCAACAGUGGCAGAAUUUCUGCCCCAGGCACCCCCUAACCGCAGAGGUGUCUGCACAGUGUCCAGGAGGCCCUUGGCUGGGGGAGGUAAUUGGCGCUGCGGGGCCCUCGCCAGCCGGGUGACUGGGGGCAUACAAGGGACUGGGCAGGGCAGAGGGAAAUAAAUUAAGGUCGAGAUUCA